CCUCUGAAACAAUAGAAGAAAAAACACGUGCCUCAUACAAACUUCCGGGUUUACUGUAUGUUUUACUGUAAUGUUUUUUGAUGUGGCUGAAAACACAAAAAAUGGAUUAUUUUAGACAGACCCUGAAGACAGAUUGUGAGGAUUUACUCGGGCGGUUUCAGGCCACGGCGUCUGUGCGCUUCGAAGAGUUUUCGGCCAUCUGGAGAGAAAAAAAAUUCUCGAAUAUUUUUUAUGGUAUCCUGGAGCCGAGUGAGAAGAAGGUUUUCACACGGUUGGCUCUGUCUGUCGCAGCCCCCUACCUGUUCCCACCGCAUUCCUUCCAGAUCCGUGUUGGAGGUCUUUACCUGCUCUACAGCCUCUACAACACUCAGCUCAACACUCCGAAAGAGCGGAUCCGGAUCGCGCUGAAGGACUGGGAUGACCUGAUGCGUUUCCAGCAGGACGCGGUGAACGCACAGCACUACGACGUGGCCUACGUCUUCAGGAAACUGCUGAUCGAAAAAGCCGUCUGCUUCACCGCCAUGCCAGACACGCUGUCCUUCCAGGUGAAGAAGAAGAAGGCGGACAGGAGGCAGCGGCUGUGCGAGUCGUUCAUGGACCGGUCCUCCCGACCUCAGGAGGUCAUCAGUACAGAUGUGCUCGAGGAGCUGGCGAACAUCCAUGAGCACUACGAAGGGCUAAAGAAGGCGAUCCUACCGCAGCCGCCUCAAUCCGACCUCAGCCUCAUCAACCACAACCUGGUGCCCAAACUGCACAGCACUGUCCUCACAUUCUACGGCUGGCAGCGGAACCAGGCUGAGUUUGAAAGUCGGAGUGACCAUGACGCAGGAGAAGGAACAUCAAGUCAGGAUGAGAGUUCUCGUCGAGCUCAGCGCCUCGCUUCCAUCAAAUCCAGGUCUUACGCUCAGGCAGUGGAGGCUUCGAAGUCUCGGCGUCACAGGCAAAUCGAGGUGAUAUCAGCAGCUUUGGACACUGAGUCCACGCAGCGAGUCUCGAGAUUCAGGAGACCCCCGUCUCUUAAAGCGCGCACCAACUCGCGUUUCAUGGCUCAGGGAAGCCAGAGCGCGGAGCUGCAGAACACAACCCACUUAUGGCGUCUCACUGGAAUGGAGGGAGAAAAGACUGAAGGAAACAAUAGGAGAAGAUUCAACUGGAAAGAGCGCAUGCGUAGUAAACACUAAAUGACAAAACCUGAUUGGACAGGAUCAUGGGUCGUGUCUAACCAGACUCCUAGUGUGUCGUAUCUGAUUGGACAAGCUUGUUCCGAGUCGUAUGUGAUUGGAAGCCCCUGUUGCCAGUCAUAUUUCAUUGGAAGAGCUUGUUACAAGUCGGAUUUGAUUGGACAAGCUUGUUACAAACCUUGUUUCGUUAGAAAAGCUGGUUAUAAUUUGUGUUUGAUUGGAAUAGCUUGUUACAAGUUGUAUUUGUUUGGACGAGCUUGAAACUGGUCAAACAUGAGAUUGCAUCAGAUUGUUGGGAUAAAAAUGUAACAGCUAAAGUAUGAUUGGAUGGGAUUGUAACAGCCCAUAUCUAAUUUGAUGGGUUUGUGACAAAGUGUGUCUGAUUGAACUGGCUUGUAACUGGGAGUGUCUGAUAGAACCAGUUUAUUAAAUCUAACAUCUGAGUGGAUCGGCAUGUCUGAUCAGAUGUGCUUGUGACCGAUUGCUACUGAUUAGCCUUUCUUGCAGCAAGUCACGUCUGAUUGGACAGGCUUUUAACUGAUUGUGUCUGAUUGGACAGAGUAAACUUGACAGGUCAAGUUUGGUUAAAAAGUCUUGUAGCAGGGCAAUUUUUAUUGGACUGUCUUGUAAACAGAUGCAGUUUGAUUGGAUCAGCUUGUAUUUGGUUGUGGCUGAUUGGACGGACUUGUGACAGAUUCAAUGGGUUUUCUCCGUUUGGCCCGUCUGUGUUGGUUUGGACGUGUCAGUUCCAGGAUAAACCCGAUUGGACGGCCUUGUGCCAGGUCUGAUCUGAGUGGAUGUCAUUUUAAAAUGUAUUGAAAAUUCUGUACAGAUAUUUUAAUAGGGGCUGAUUUUAUUUUUCAUUCUUCUUAUUUUAAUGCACAAACACAAUGUGGAUGAAACAUCAAAACAUAAAUAUAUAUAUAUUUUUUAAACCGUGUUCACAUCAGUAAAGUGUUGAGAAAUGAAACCAUAUAAAACUAUAAAAACAUGGGAUUUCUAGGGGGGAAAAAAGUAUAUAUAUUGUUUGAUGUUUGACCCCUGCUUGUGAGUGCAGGCACUGAUGCUUCAGGUGCUCUUUUUAUAUGUAUUUCACUUUAAUUUUUAUAUUUGUAUUUCAAAAAAGGCUUUUAUUUCAAUUAUUUACCCCAUAAUUUUUACACUGUUUAAUCAUUUUAGUCCUGUGUAUAUGCUGACAUAUAGACUAAUGUUUAUUACAGAAUGUUUCUGUAAUAAAAGUCUUUGUUGUUAUUACUGGC